AUCAAUUUCAGUCUCCUCGUAUCUUUCUUCUUCCUUGGAUUAACUGGGGUAUUUGGGAACCAGCUGUUGUUCUUAAUGGGGCUUGGAUAUACAAAUCCAACAUAUGUUGUUGUUGUUCAGCCUGCAAUCCCUGUGUUUACUUUUGUUUUAGCAGCUUUCAUGGGCACCGAAAAAGUGAAUCUGAUGAAAAUUGGAGGUCAACUCAAGGUUGGGGGCACAAUAGUAUGUGUUUCUGGAGCUAUACUAAUGGUUUUGUUCAAGGGACCAUCUAUAUUUGGAGAGGAUGUCACUGAAUUGUUGCACGAAGCAGUGGUGGCGAAUGAUUUAAUUGCCGGGGCACAACCAGAACCUGCUGGAGGGUUGAUUUCGGGUUUGUUGGGUAUUGGUCUUACCAAGUUUCACAUUGGGAUGCUCUUCUUGAUUGGGAACUGCUUUUGUAUGGUUGUUUAUUUAUCCUUCCAGGCUCCGCUGCUACUGAAGUAUCCGGCCAGUCUUUCAGUGACUGCAUACUCAUACUUUUUUGGUGCAAUGUUUAUGGUUAUUGCUGGAAUAUCUGCCACCGGUGGAAAUACUGUCUGGACAUUGACACCAUCUGAGUUAGUUGCAGUUUUCUAUGCUGGAGACAACAUCUUCAUAUCGAAUGUUGGAGAUUCUCGUGCGGUGUUAGAAACGGCUUCUGACGAUGGCACGUUGGUUCCAGUUCAGCUUACAAUGGACUUCAAGCCAAACUUACCACAGGAGGCAGAACGGAUAAUGCAUUGCAACAGAAGGGUGUUUUGCUUAGACGAUGAACCAGGUGUGCAUAGAGUAUGGUUACCAGCUGAGGAAAAACCUGGAUUAGCAAUGUCAAGAGCCUUGGGAGAUUUCUGCGUCAAAGACUUUGGUGUUAUUUCAGUUCCUGAUGAUGUAUGCUCAGGCAAUUCAAUGAGUUCAGCAAGCACUGAAUGUUCAAUAGAUUUGAAGGACUAA